AUGAACAAUCCUAUAUGUACCAAUAACACCCCGGCCUUCCAACAUCAUGAAAUCGAUAAUGCCAUAGCCAGUCUCAACGACAAGAAAUCACCAGAAAACAAUCAUACUCUUAAUGACACGCAGUUUGGUUUCAGACAUCAGCGCUCCUCCACUGAUGCCAUCCAUCAUGCAGUCCAAAAUAUCAAAGGUUUACUCAAUUGUCACAAAUAUGUCUUAGCCAUCAGCCUGGACAUCAGCAAAGCUUUUGACAGUGCCUGGUGGCCACUUAUUCUCUAUCAGCUAAAAAUGACCAAUUGCCCAGCCAAUAUUUAUAAUGUUCUCAAAGACUACCUCAACAAUCGCAGUGCAUACCUUCAACACGGAACCACCGCCAUACGCAGAAAUAUUCUCUGCGGCUGCCCUCAGGGAUCAGUAUGCAGCCCUUUGUUGUGGAACCUUACUUUCAACAUUUUCUUGUCCCAGAACUUUGGCCAGGACAGUACCACCGCUUAUGCUGACGAUGUUCUUAUACUCAUUGGUGGCAGGUCUCGAGCAGAUUUGGAAACAAAAGGAACUGAAACCCUAGCCAUGAUUCAUGAAUGGGGUCAAAAGCAUAAACUCCACUUUAACCCUGAUAAAACCAGGGCAAUGGUGAUGAACAAACCAGGCAACCCCAACCUUUAUCGUCGCGUGCCCACCAUUAAAAUGGACAACAAGAGUAUUAAGGUUGUGAAAUCCAUAAGGUACCUGGGCGUGCUACUGGACCAUAGCCUGAGCUGGGACGAACACAUCAAAGACAUCUCUAAACGUACUGGUCAAAUCUUCAAUGCUUUUGCAAAGAUUGCAAAGAGCAAAUGGGGGUUAAAAUCCGAUGCUCUCAGCCUUAUCUAUAAUCAGAUAUAUGUACCCAUUGUCACUUAUGCUUGUGGUAGCUGGGUGUGGGCUGCACAUAAAGUCCACCUCAAAAGAAAACUUCUCUCUUCCCAGCGCAGGGCCCUUCUACUUAUCUCAAAGGCCUACAGGACGACACCAAACGUCAGCCUACAAGUCAUUACUCGCAAGCCGCCUAUUGUGGAUAUCAUCAAUCUCUACUACAACUUCUGGAGCCUUAAAUGGGGUCAUGAUAUCAGCACAUUCAGCUGCAACAUCUCAGCUAAUCAGCUUGAAAGAAACAAUUCUGUUGACACCAUUCCUCCAUAUGUUCACAACUAUCUAAACACCAACCCUCCGCAGUACAGCGAUGUCCAAAUAUUUACAGAUGGCUCAAAACUUGACGGCAAGGUUGGCUAUGCCUUCGUGGCUUACAAGGAUGACCAUGAAAUUCACAGUGAACAGUACAGGUUAUCUGACCACUGUACUGCAUUUCAGGCAGAGCUAACUGCUAUUGGCAAGGCCACCAACUGGGUUUCGGCACACUACAAGCAUGCAACUAUAGUCAUACUCACAGACUGUCUUUCUGCUCUUUCCAUCAUUAACAGCAAGAAACAACACCCCAUCGCAACUAACAUCAGAAAGCACCUCAGCAACUCAACAAACCACCUCUACAUUAAUUGGACUCGUGGUCAUCAGGGUACUGCCGGAAAUGAGCGGGCUGACCAACUGGCAAAGGCAGCAGCCAACAAUGACUCCUUGGACAUAGCCUAUGACAAAAUUAGUCACUCUGCUAUUAAAAACUUGCUUUUCAAAGAUCUUCUUUACUCUUGGCAGUGUAACUGGAAUGACAACCACAAUAACACUACUUUUAGUUACAUUCCGGACAUUAAGGAUUACUUCAAAUUCAACUGGAUACAGCUCAAUACCCACUUAUGUCAGUUCCUAACAAAUCAUGGAAAGUUCUCCAGUUAUCUCCACAGGUUUGCCAUCAAGGACACCCCACUGUGCGCCAUUUGUAAUGAAGUUGAUGACGCUGACCAUCACAUUUUCAGCUGUGUGUGCCUGAAACUGAACGUUCGAACAUCAAGCUAA